CCCGGGGCGCCCGCCCGGCCCUGCCCGUGCCCGCUGCCGAGCGGCGACACCGCCCUGAGCCGCCUGGUGCGCCGCCUCCUCUCCGCCCGCCGCUCGCUCGACCUCUGCGUCUUCGCCUUCUCCUGCCCGCAGCUCGCCCGCACCGUGCAGGUCCUGCACCACCGCGGGGUCCGCGUCCGCCUGGUGACGGACGCGCAGUACAUGGGCAUGCACGGCUCCCAGAUCGGCCGCCUGCGCCACGCGGGGAUCCAGGUGCGCCACGACCAGCACAGCGGGUACAUGCACCACAAGUUCGCCAUCGUGGACCGGAGGAUGCUCAUCACAGGCUCCCUCAACUGGACCACCCAGGCCAUCCAGAGCAACCGGGAGAAUGUGCUGGUCGUGGAGGACGCCGAGUAUGUGAAGGCUUUUCAGGAUGAGUUUGAAAGGAUUUGGGAAGAGUACAAUCCUGCCAAUUACAAGUUUUUUCCCAAAGGCAGUAAAUAAUUGAGCUGCCUCACAGGGCUAGUGGAGCAUGGUAACACCCACGGAUUUCAUUAUUAUGUAUAGACACCAUUGUUUUGUCUGUCUGGGUGUAACUUUGGCAAAUGUCUCCAGAGAAGUGAAGUGUUCUCUGCCCUAAAAUGCCACAGAUCCGUCGCUGUGGGUCAUUCCUGUGCUGGAGGGAAUGACACAAUGUUUGGUUGUGAGGGUGACAGUGACAGAGCUCCAUUCAUAGGCAUUAACACUUUGGCCAGGCUCGUUGCUGUGCCCUGGUGCAGACCGGGUGUGUUCAUACAGAGCAUGUGUUUCAGUGGUAAAAGGAACAUUUUCCAGCUCAUGGAAUGGAAUUGUAGCCCAAGGGCUCCUCUACACCGGUUACUAAAGGACAUAUAAGGGGGCUACAGCAGAGUUAAGAGUUUUACAGAUUAAGUGCCUCAGUUACAUUUCCUGUUGGCAUUAAUUGUUGAAAGUUGGUAAAAGGAAAUUCGUGGGAAAUAGCAAAAAAUUUUAAGUUUUGAUUGUGUUCCUUUUGGUUAAAGGUUAGCAGAGCUCCGGUGUAAAAGCUUGAGCACCAAUGGCAAUUACAGUUCUCUUCCAGCAAGGAAGAGUAGGGAAAUCUGGAAGGAAAUGAGAGAAAUGGUUCUCUGGGAUUAGUGUUUAUCUGGAGAGCAGACACAGCUGGAGUUGGGUUACCUGCUUCAGGUGAGGUCUGGAAAGCCUGGUUCUUCCAGGUGUUGGGACACCUUGUCACGGUCUCUGCCCUCACCUGGUAUCACCAGCCUGGGGACAGCGAGGGGAGGGAGGUGACAUCUCUGUCCCUGCAGCUCAGAGUGGAACAAAGAUAAUGUAAACCUAAGAAUUUCAAACUCCAAAUAGUGUCUAAGUAAGAAUUGUCUUACACUGAACAGAAAGUGCCUUAAUACAGCUCAAAAUGAAAGGAGCUUUGAUAUUCUGUUACCAGUUCUGUUACCAGUAGUGCUGUGAUUGCCACUAUUAAAUAAACCAUUUUUCACAGAAAACAUCAA